AUGGGUGGGAGGAAUAUCGGAGUUGCUGUGGACUUCUCAUCAUGCAGCAAAGCUGCUCUUCGAUGGGCGUCAACCAACCUUGCCAGGAGCGGUGAUCAACUCGUGCUGCUCCAUGUCAACAAUUCCUACCAGAAUGAGCAAGGAGCGAUGCAUCUCUGGGAAGAGAGUGGUUCACCGCUCAUCCCUCUGGUAGAGUUCUCGGACCCCCAUGUCACAAAGAAGUACGGCCUGUCACCAGACAAGGAGACACAGGAGAUCCUGGCCCAAGUGGCACAUCAGAGCGGGGUUGAGGUCUUUGGGAAGAUAUUCUACGGCGACCCGACCAAGAAGCUGUGCGAGGCAGUCGACCUGGUUCCCCUCAGCUGCCUGAUCAUCGGAAGCAGAGGUCUGAGCACGCUCAAGAGGGCUCUGAUGGGGAGCGUGAGCACCUACGUUGUGAACCACGCGGCCUGCCCGGUCACGGUUGUGAAGGAGAACAUGUAG